CAGAACUUUACGUUUAGUCGCCAAUCUAACCUAAAUCAACCGAUUCCGUGGUCUAUGACGAUCGUCAAGGUUAAAUGGCGAUCAGCUGAUAUUCGUAAACACCGGUGGUAUUUUACCGAGCCGACUCCGACGAAUCCAAUGAUGUCCCUAAAGUCGGAGUCUAGUUAUAAGAACUCGGAGAGCUGGACGGAUGAUUUGCCGGUAUGCAAAAGCACGGGGAUCGGUUUUUCGACCAACCAAAUCUACCGAAAAGACGGACAUCCCCAGGAAGACCACCCUUACGAGGACUGUAGCUCGCACUUCCGCUUCAACGAUCACUUUUACUGGUACGCCCUGUUCGACGGCCACAGGGGCAAACGGGCGGCCGAGUUUUGCUCGCAGAGGAUGACGGCCGAGAUUUAUUUUUCGCAGCUGGACGAGUUAAACACGGACGAGGAAGUGAAGGAGCUCCUGAGACAGGCGUUUACUACCGUCGAAAAAGGGUACAUGGAGAGUUUGGGCGAUUUGCUAGCCGAACGGACCAGCUUGCAUUACGAUAUACCCGAAGGUUUGAAUUCGUACGAGGCGUACCAGAAAGUACCGCAGGUAAUGGAAGCGAUCCAGAGAAUUAACUGUGAACUUUCGUCGGGUACUGUGGUGGCCGUCGCCUUAAUUUUCAAAAACAAAUUGUACGUGGCGAACGUAGGCAAUUGCCGGGUUUUAUUGUGCCAAACCGAUCCCAAUUCCGUAUUAAAAGUCGUCCAGCUUAGCGUGGACCACGACGUGACAAACGAAGACGAGUUACUGAGGCUCUCGCAAAUCGGGAUCGACACCAAGCAAUUUAACCACAGGUCCCACAUAGGCAACCAGGAAACAACUCGUUGUCUAGGCAACCACACGAUCAAAGAAGGCUAUAGAAACUUCGAAGACAUAAGUAUGGCAACGCAGGAGCCCAUCAUCGCCGAACCGGACGUCCAUGGCGGCAUCGUGUUGGACGAAUCGUGCAGAUUCUUGAUCCUGAUGACGGCCGGCCUUUAUCGCUGCGUGGAAGAGGCCAUCGGCACUGACCAAGUCAACAAAUACAUCGCCCAGUGCAUCGUAGAACAGUUCAGGGAACAGUCGACGCUGACGGGCGUUGCCCAAGCGGUGGUCGACAAAGUUGUGAGGCUGCACCACGACUGGUACAUGUCGAACACCGCUUCGGGCAUGCCGAAACGCGAGGACAUCACCUUGGUGCUGCGCAAUUUCAAUUUCCCGCUGCCUAACGCGGCCAAAUCGCCGGCCGCCUCGUUCGCCACGCCCACCGGGUUAUCGAGCAACAGCGGGACGGCUACCCUUACGAAGCGCGACACCCCGAUCGGCACGGGAACCGGUGGCGACGGCACCGACACCACCACCAGCUCGGAAAGGGUCGAAGUGGAUCAGAGCGUCGGGCCUGAUCAGAAGAUCAAGGCCUACGUCGAUUUCGCGCAGUUUUACGAGAACCUAGAGAUCGCUAAACGGAUGGGGCCCCUGCCCGGCUUUACCAACUUUUGAGAACGUUCUAUGCACGGACUAGAGUUUUAUUUUUAUCCCUCUUCACUACCCCCAACUUUCCCCGCAAUCAUUCGCGGACGACAUGAGAAACUGCUCCCAUUGAUAAGCACUUGAGCAGCAGGAGAUCCAAGACCCUCCUGCGGCACUAGUACUUAGUAACAAGGCAGCUCGUGCGGUAUCUGCUUUCGGGUGGUGACGUCACAUGUUGAACCUGAAAUCGAGAAAAUUAUUUGACCGACAUGCCCGUUACCUUUUUAUUUACUUCAAAAUAAACAUUUAAACACGUACAGGGAAAGAAGUCGUUUUUAUAUGGUCUGUGGUUUGAUUACAAUUUUCUUUCCUGCUUUGCUUGUGUACUAUGGUUCAUAUUUCUCUUCUUCCGUGUGUGGGCGAGUGCCUUUGGCCAAUUUGCCCCUUAUCGAAUAAUGUCAAAUACCGCGCUCGUUUAAGCCCGCUAGACAUCAUGCAAUAUUUACACGUCAAAUUCCAUGGAAAUUGGCAUAUAAAGUUACUAGCUAUAAAGUAUAUAUAUGGCAUAUAAAGUAUCGCUUAUGGUGUAUCAAAAGUUUUACCGAAAUAAUCAAGUCAGAGAAGCAGAGACGUUUCCUUUUCGAUUUUUCCAAAAAAUCCAAACUCUCGCAAAACCAGUGCGGUUUAAAGAUUAUUAGAUCUAUUCCGUAUGACCAGGGUUAAAUAACAAUAUUGUUAAGGCUUUAAACAAUAGCAACAUGGAUAUGUAAAAUUGUAUUCUGUUUCAUGUUAACAACAAUACUCUUGAAACUACACUUUGUUUGUCCAGUUGCUAAAUUUUCACUCAGACGAAAGAAGAAGAAUGAAAAUUUCUCGCGAGAAGCUGCAUUUAAUAUAACCAGCAAUAGGUAAUCUACGUUCUAGCCGCGUUUCAUUUCUUCCUUUGCUUUUUUAUACCGGUAAGUAAAAUGUAUUUUCAGAUUGGAUAAUGGAGGCACGAAAAAGUUUGAUGGAAAAAGAACAACAUUUGUGAGAAACUUAACAUAACUCGGCAAGAGAUCAACCGAAAUACAAUUACUGACUUUUUUUAAUAGUUCUCGUCACUGUAGGUUGGUUAAUUGUUAAAUUUAUUAUAAUUAUAAUCGAAUUGAGAAUAUAUAUAUUGAUAUUCCAAUCUUCUCAUUUCUCUAAAGAUUUUUUAAAUUUUAGUAUAAGUUUAGUAUAAAGUGACAUAAGGGUGACAUUUCGUAAGUGCUGCCCUAACCUUAACCGUUAAAAAUAUGUUAUCAAAGAAUGAAGGUUAUCUAUUACUUGCUUUCUAUCAAAAAUCAAACAUAUUUGAUCUGAAUUUAUAUCUUUUUGGAUUUAAAAUACAUGAUGUUGGUAGGACUGACUAGAGAGUGCUACAACCGUCUUUACUCUUUGCCUAUGAAGUUUCGAAAUCGUUACUUUUUGCCAAAAAUAAAACCUAACUUUCUUAUAAUGAACAGUGAAUGUUGCUUUUUUUUUAAAUCCAAUUCUUUUUACGCAUGCCCGUAUGCCAGACGUCCAUGUGCGGCAAUACCCACACAAGGUAUUUAAUUACUUUUAUAUUGGACUCCGAUUUUGCAUAAACGUCCCAAAACUGCGAAUUGUUCGAAACAAUCUCCCUAAAGGUAAUGUUUGUAUGUCGCUAAUUGAAGCAUGGCAAUGUUAAAAAAAAAAAUAAUCGCUGUAAUGCGGCGUUCGUAGAUAAAAUUGGUCACCUUUUAGAAUCCGGGGGUCGCACACGGUCCAAACAAACCACACUGCCGACGAACGUUUCAUUCACUCCGCUGAAUGUAUUUGAAGAGGUUAAACAAUAUGACCCCUACGGAAUUAAAUAUGUCGAUCGAGGCGCACAGCCGACGUUGAUGUAUAAAUGCGAGGGGUCCGUUACGCCACAUAUUAUAUUAUCCGUUUAAAUAGGCGCUGUUCGAAUUUUCGCAGCGGCAGGUAUACUUUGUCCGAAAGUAUAUCGUCUGGGCUCUUGACGGCAAUCGAGCCCUGUUAUGCAAAAAGCAACAUUAUAUGAAAAAACAAGUAAUCUGUUCAAUAAUUAUUACCUCUUUAUUCUGAGGAUUGAAAUUUUUUGCAUAAUAUUAAGCUGCAGAUUUUGAAUAUACAUAAUAAAUAAAUAUAAAGAAAAAUAUAUUCUAAAAAACACACAACCAAAACUGGCAUUGACUGUUGUAAGGAAACGACAACCUUUUUCUUCGAAAAAAUGUUUUGUCUGUCAGUUGACUUAUUAAACCGAACUAAUUAAAAAUGACGUCAUUCCAGAAAGGUGAUGCGGCAACUAUGCUAAAUUCGAUAUGUUGAAAUCACGUAUGUGUGUGUGUUAUGUGUGGAACGCCCAAACAUUUGUUUGUUCAAAUGUCUGUCUACUAUUAAAAAAAAAAUCAAAUUUUGCGUUUACAAGCAUGGUUUAUGGUUUUCUAACCAGAUUCAACAUAAAUAUCAUUUCGUAACAAAGUUCUGUACUCGCACCUUCAUGAAGAGAAACAUAUAUGAACGGAAUAUAUUGUCCUUCUUAUCAUAUCCCGUUCGCUACUAUCCAGAAGUUUUUUCCUUUCACUUUUAACGAUACCCUUUAUCGAUGUGCUGUAAUUAGACAAGUGAAGGCUUUUUGAUCUAGAUAAUCCUCCUUCUGUUGGUGGCUUCUGGUUAAAUAAUAAUAGGGUGGGAACAGCAGUUUUUUUUAGAAUCUUUUUUAAAGGUAAACCUAAAAUUUCAAUUUUGUGGUGAAUUUAAUGUGUUACUCAAGACAAAAAAAAGCUCAAUAACUCAUUUUGUAAGUAUUUUUCGUAAUCAUUUUCAGUAAAAUGAACUGAGCAGACAUAGUUUUUCUCUGGAUUAAGUUUGUCCUGUCUUCUACAUCGAACUAUCCGCUCGUUCCGAAUAGUACGGGAUACUAGAUCUUUCCCUUCGGGAAAGCGAUGAAAACUACAUUUUCUAGAACUUGCUUUUUCAUCAAAAUAGUGUUAUUGGACCCAUACAUGGCACACCUCGUUCCAGGCAUACCUAACUAUUUUUUGAUGUAACUUAUCCCAUUUCAAAAGGUAAAAGAAAUGUAUUUCUUACCUUUACCUAUAUUAUUAUGCCUAAUAUUUUGAGCUUAUCUCCUAACUAAUAACACCUCUAAUGAGCAGCACGAACACAAAACUUUUAUGCCUUUGUUUAAGGUUAAAAAUACUGUUUUUCUCAGUUCUCGCCACUCAAGCACAUACAAUUUUAAAGUAUUUGUUAAAGCUUAAAAACAGUGUUUUGUCCAAGUUUUUUUUACAGAAAUAAAUAAAUACAAACAUAAGCGCACUACUCACUAGUUUAAAUUAUUUUAAGUGUUCAAAGAACACAAAAUACAACGGUU